CGGAAAACAUUUUUUUCUACGAAAUCUUGAGUUUCUAUUGGACUAAUUCACGUAGAUCCUUCCCAAUUGCGUUCUGUUUGAUACUGUUUGGUUUUCUAGUGAAAACACCACAGAUUAAGUAGGAGACUAAGAAAAACAAAGUGUAAAUGACACUGGACGGAAUCUGUAUUGCGUUAUGUAGAGAACUGUAGCCGGUUAUUCAUGAGGGGAAGAAAACAACAUUUAAUCAUUUCGGCCAGGCUGGAUCUUCGGAUUUCAUGAAUUUAAUCAACACAGUUGGGUGAAUUGUUGUCGACAAAUCUCAAGCCCUCGUUCUUUAAUUCAGAAACCUGCUCUGGAACCCCGGGAUACUGCGAAUGUUGGGGGCUCGUUUAUUUGCGGAACAGAGCAUCAUUUUGUUAACAAUAUAAUGAAAAGAUGAACAUUUAUCACUGGAUCAUAAUCUUCUUUGCACAGAGUACCGCAAUCCUUGGUCUCCGGUUCACCAAGAACCCUGCCAACCUCACGGUAACCCAGGGCAACAUGGCUCGUCUGGGUUGUUCCAUCGAGGGUCUGAGUGAACCAGACAUUGUGUGGAUGAAGGAUGGGGAGAAGCUGUACAGCACAGAUCAGAUGUACAUCACUCUGGAACAAAACCACUGGGAGACCUUCCACAGUGUGAAGUCCGUCCAGCAGCAUGAUGCAGGGAAGUACUGGUGUGAGGUUGAGUUCUACGGCUUGACCAUCUCGUCUGAACCCGCCUGGAUAACAGUUGAGGGUGUCCCCCACUUUAUCCUUGAGCCCCAAGAUGUAGCCACUCUCCCCAGGGUACCCUUCAACCUGACGUGUGCUGCUGUGGGGCCCCCAGACCCCGUGGUGAUCCACUGGUGGCUGGGGGGAGUACAGCAGGGCGAUGUGACUUCUUCUCCGUCAGUAUUCCACGUUAAAGGCGUGAAUAACAGCGUCAAGUUCUACUGCGAGGCCAAGAAUGCCCGGGGUAUCUCAGUGUCUCGAACGGGAACUGUGCACAUUAAAGUUCUCCCAGCAGCCCCUAGUAGUUUGCGGGUGGUCCAUAUGGUGGAGGACAAUGUCACCCUGGCCUGGAGCCCUGGCUUUGCUGGACACUCUGAUCUCGCUACCUGCACCAUCCAGGUGUCUAAGACUUCUGGGAGGAAGGUGAAACGUCUAGACAAAUGUGUGAAGGUUCCACCAUUCCGACAGAUCCUCAGCGGGCUGAGCUGCUUCUCCAACUACAGCGUCAGGGUGUGCUGUGAAAAUGAGAUUGGGACGUCCCCGUUCUCCGACUGGCUGGACUUUCAAACACCAGAAGCAGUGCCCUUUGCUGCCCCACGGAACCUGACCUUUGACCUAACGGAGCAGCAGUUGUCCCUGAACUGGGCGACCUUAGAAGACGAGGAGCUGCAGGGUAAACUGAUGGCCUACAAAGUCCAAUGGAACCUGGGAGGAGAGGGACAGGAGGCCCUGCUCUUUAAAGAGAAUGUGGCCCACCUAUCCGGUGGAGGUCGUUUCUUCAAUGCCACCUUCCAGGUGUCAGCGUGUACCGUGGCCGGUUGUGGGCCAUGGAGCCAGCCGGUACUGGUAAUGCCUGCGGCAGCAGUGUCUGCCCAGAUACAGAGAGGCCACAUGUGGGUUGGUCUACUGCUGGGUCUGCUGGUGGCCACCAUAGUAGGCCUUCUGCUAACAGUCCUGGUGCACCGCAGAGGGAAGGAAACACAGUUUGGUUCUGUGUUCAAGCCUCCAGGGACUGAGAGCACAGUCUCAUUCAUUGCUGCCAGGUCAUUCAACAGGACCUGUGCAGAGUUCCCAGAAUCCAACUUGGACAGCCUGGGUAUCAACGAUGAUCUGAAGGCCAAACUGCGGGAUGUCCUAAUCCCAGAAAGACUACUGACUCUUGGACACAUGUUAGGAAAAGGUGAAUUUGGCUCAGUGCGUGAGGCCUUUCUAAAGAUGGAGGACAGUGCUGUACAGAAGGUUGCAGUAAAGGUGCUGAAAACGGAUAUCAACUCAUCAUGCGAUAUUGAACAGUGCCUAAAGGAGGCCGCUUAUAUGAAAGACUUCCAUCAUCCUAAUGUCAUCCCGCUUAUUGGGGUGAGUUUACACAGACGGCCACAGCAGCGGUUGCCCAUCCCGAUGGUCGUCCUGCCCUUCAUGAAGCACGGAGACCUCCACACCUUCCUGCUCAUGUCGCGCCUGGGAGACGAUCCCUUUACAGUGUCACUGCAAAUGCUCAUACAGUUCAUGCUGGACAUCGCUCGCGGAAUGGAGUACCUGAGUAACAAAAGCAUCAUACACCGAGAUCUAGCUGCACGCAACUGCAUGCUGAGUGAAAACCUGACAGUCUGUGUGGCAGACUUUGGCCUGUCGAAGAAAAUCUACAGUGGCGACUACUACAGACAAGGAUCUGUUUCAAAGCUGCCUGUCAAGUGGAUUGCACUGGAGAGCCUGGCUGACAAUGUCUACACUACUCAGAGUGAUGUGUGGGCUUUUGGAGUUACCAUGUGGGAGAUUAUGGCCCGGGGACAGACCCCAUAUCCUGGGGUGGAGAACUCCGAAAUAUACGAGUACCUCAUCAAGGGCGAGCGCCUCAAACAGCCACUUGACUGCCGAGAUGACAUUUACGAGAUAAUGCAUAGCUGCUGGAGCCCUGUUCCUAAGUGCCGCCCCAGUUUCCAGCACCUGAUCAACCAGCUGGAGGGUCUGUGGGCCAGUCUGUCACCCAGGCCUUGUUCUAUGAAAGAGGCCCUUCUCUAUGUUAACCUGGAGAGCGACGAGGGGGAGCAGGGGGCUGGGGCGCUCGGCACAGGAGAGGACCGCUCCAGGUCAGCAAUGCCCUGGCAGUGUAUGGGGAUGGAAGAGGAUGAGAAAGACUGGCUCAUGGUGUCUUCUGGGGCAGCUCUGGCUAUCGGUGGAGACUACCGUUAUAUAAUUAGCCCUAGCUGCAAUGGCAGUGAAGAAGAGGAGGCUGGAAGGCAGGGGGACUUGAUGGGUUCCCUGCAACAGGAAGUCAGGGAUGAGGAAUAUGAAGACACUGUCAUUAAUGUGUGAUUUCCUUCAUGAUUGACCUCCAUGUUGCCUCUGGCUUGUCCUUCUGAACUGACCUUGCCUACAAGUUUCAUAGACUGGCAAGUUGGUUGUGGAGGGUUGGUCAAUCACUACUGCCUUCCAGUGACAUUUCUGGGAAAUACAACGUCUGCUCUCCAGACAUUAUGGAGCCAACGUGAUCUCACUUUUCUACUCAUGCUAUUGCCAGUUAUUCUGUGACCUUUUGUACUUUAAACUAAAUGACACACAAUCAGCCUUACAGUGAUGAAGCACAACAAUAAUGUUUCUGAUUAUAAUAACAAUACAUUUAGAUAGGGAUUGAUAUACACAUAGUUGACCAUAACAAAACACUCACUCAGGCAUUAUUUAGUUACUUUUAGACAAGUCUGUUAAACAUCAUGUAUUCAAAAUUAGCUAGAGCAAUAUUUACAGAACAAAAGUUAUACCUUAAUGGAGUUCUCUUGAAGAGUACCAAUAAGAAUCCAGGAAAAUAUGCAGAAUAUAGUCCAUAUUAAAAAAACUUACCAGAAUGUGAAUAUGGAUAUGGUGAUAAGACACCAGCCUGAUAAAAUGAGUCUAUUGUUCAAUGACGUUCAACAUGCAGACACACCCUGGAUUUUACUUUCUGGACCAUUCCAUGUAUGGGAUAUCAAGGGACAAUUUGUUUUAAUUUGUAUUUGAAAUUAUAUUUUUUUGUAUAUUGUUAUACAAUUGUUUCCAGAGAGAUAACCUGGAUCAUUAAAAACAGAGAAGUUGAUGCGUUACAAUACGCUCUCUGACCAGUCCAUCCUUACGGGUCUGUGUCUGGUUGAAGAUGUGUACAUAGAAAUUCAGUGUAAUUCUCAUUUCAAGUGUAAGUAAAUAAAGUAUUGCUUUUUUCAUUA